AGUUGGCUCUUUGACAUUUCUGACCAAAGCUUAGAAGUUAGAAUAGGGAAGCUCGCCUCUCUACCUCAGUCCUUUUCUGCAGUGCCGAUUCAUUUCAAACUACUUCUUCUUUUUCUUCACUAUGCAAACCCUUCUAUUGCCGGCCGGUCGCGCUGGCGUGUACGCUGCGGUGCCUCCGCCGUCGCCUUCCGCCGCUGUGCCGUCCGCUCCGAAUCUUCACCGCCUCUCUUUCCGUCCAAUCUUAGGCUCUUCCUCGAAUUCGAUCUUCAAAUUCAAAACCUUUCGGUGUUCGUCUUCUCCUUCGCCUUUUGGUGCUCCGAGGAAUGGAGGAAUAGCGCUGCCAGUUGCUGCUGAUACGAGGGCUUUCUCUUCCUCCUCGUCUACUCCUAUCGCUUCCACUAACGACGAAGCCGAGAAGGCCAAGCUCGCUCAGGUGGCGAAAAGAUUAGAGAACACUUCGAGGUAUUUCAAGAGGUUGGGGAGCUUAGGGUUUUGGGGGCAGCUUGUGUGCACUGUAGUGGCCGCUGUGAUUCUUUCGUUCUCCGUAGUUGUGACGGGGAAGGUAACCUCGCCGGCUACUUUCUAUGCCACUGCUGGUGGGAUUGCGGCAGCUUUCAUUUCGGUGUUCUGGUCGUUUGGCUACAUCCGGCUUUCUGAGAAGCUUCGGAAAACUGCAAAUGCCCCUUCUAAGGCUCCCGCACGGGCAGACGUUGUGAAAAGCUUAAAAAACGGCAUUGUGCUCAAUCUUUUGGGUAUGGGUGCUGCAAUUCUUGGCAUGCAAGCCACAGUGGGAUCAUUAGUUGCCAAGGCUCUUACUUCCUCAGCAAAUCCAUAUUACCAAGGGAUCUCUCCUGGUUCCAGUCCUGUUCUUGCGUUGGAUGUGUUCUUGGUGCAGGCAUCUGCAAAUACGAUCCUCUCCCAUUUCUUGGGCCUCGUUUUCUCGUUGGAGCUAUUACGUUCAGUGACAUUACCACCCCAAGAAAACAUUCCUAUCCCCAAGCUGGCAUAAAAUCUGCUACCCAGGGUAGUUAAAGAAAGCUGUUUCUUUCCAAGUCAGAGGAGACGUGUUUUUGAAUCUGUUGAUUUUGGCAUGGGAUAUUAAUUUUUUAGGGGGAACUGCAAUGACAUGUUGUGCAAAGUUGUCUUUAUUCUAUUUGCAAAACUCACGUGUCCCUGCUUACUUUUUUUUUUUGAUUUUGUUUUUUUGUUUUUUGUUUUUUUGGUGAAUAAGUGUCCCUGCUUAAACCAUCUUGCUUGUUCUUAAAAAAGGUGAAUUUAUAGUUGAAUUCUUUUGGUAGAA